AUGCGCGCCCCGUCGGUGACCACGCCGCUGACGCCGUCGGAGGAUCUCGACCAUCGAUCGCCCACCGCCCUCAGCGCGUACAUCCAGCGCGGCGCGCGGCGCGAGGACGCCAUCGACGGCGGGAGCGUGUGCGAGGUGUCCAUCGUCGCGUCGCGCGCGCCGUCCAAGGGACGUACCCCCGCCCGCCCGCCUCCCAUCGGGGGAAUUCUUCGCGCCGAAGCUGCCAAAGAUGGCUCCGUUUCGGGGAGGCUACCGCGCGGGCUCAUCGCGCCGGCUCCGGCUCCAACGACGACGAUGACGUGCCCCGUGAUGCGCGCGAGGAACGAGGCCAAGGCUAGGACGGAGGCGCGGCGCGCGGAGCGCGACGCGCGAAGGGACGAGCGCGAGGUGCGCAUCGCGCAGCUCAUCGAGUCCGAGGAAAAGACGGGCGCGGCGCUCGAGCGCACGCGCGAGCGGCUCAGGGACGCCGAUCUCGCCGCCGAACGCGCGCGCCGCGAACGCGAACGCACCGAGCGCGACAAGGACGCCGCGCUGGCGCGAUGCGCGAGCGCACUCGCGGUCGUCGUCGGGGACCUCGCGUGCCUCCAGUCGUCGCUGGCGGAAAAAGAGACGCGAUGCGUCGAGCUCGAACGCGCGAACGCGACCGCCGCGCGAGUGUUGGAGGAGACCCGCGUGACGCACGCGGACGCCCUGCGACGCGAGAUCGCCCAGAAAGACGCGGUCCAAAGUGCUCUGGAGGCGUCGCGCGCGGAGACGGCGGCGGCGAUCGAGAGCGGCGCGCGUUCGACGCUCGAGGCGCGGACGCGCGCCGAACGCGUCGCGGAGCAGGCGAGGCUCGUUCGCGAGCGGGAGACUCUGGACGAGACGAACCGGCUCGCGUCGAGGCUCGAAACGACUCGAGCGGAGCUCCGACGCGAGUGCGCCGCGAACGAGGACUUCGUCGACGUCGUCAGGCGACACGAGGCGCGGGCGCUGGACCUCACCCGUCGCCUCCGCGCCGCCGAGGCGUCCGCGGAUGAGCACGCGUCCCUCGCGGAGGGCUUCGAGGGCAGGGCGUCGGACAGGGAUCGCAUACGAAACGUCUGCGACGACCUCCGCUCGAAACUCGCGGACACGAACCGUCAUCGCGACGCGCUCGCCGACGAGCUCGAACGCGCGCGCGCGGCCGCCGUGCUGGCCGACGCCGACGCGAGCCGACGCGACGCGACGUCGGAGAGUCGGAUACGGGAGCUGGAAUCGGCGCUGGAGGCGAGGCGACGCGACGUCGAGGCGAGCGAACAAAACGCCAGGGCUUCCAGACGCGACGAACUGCGCUCGCAGGAGCGCGUCAAGGCUCUGGAGACCGCGCUGGAAGCGUGCGAGAAGUGUAAAACCGACCACGAGGCCAGGCGGUGCGGGGCGGUGGACGCGGAGUGCGCCGCGCUGUCGCGGCUGGACGACUCGGAGCGCGCCCGGAAAAGCGCCGCGGCGGAGAGGGACGCCGCCGCGAAACGGCUGGUAACGGUCGAACGAAAGCUCGCCGACGCGACGCGAACCCUAUCGGCGCGCGGGGACGAGGUCGACGCCCUCAACCGCGCGCUUCGCGAGUCGCGACGCGACUCCGCCGCCAAGGACGCCGCCGUCGAGCGAAGCGAACGGGCGGCGAAAACCGAGUCCGAAAACGUCGCCGCGUCGGUUCGCGCGCUGGCAUCCGAACGCGACGCCGCGUCGAGCCUUCGCCGCGCGCACUCCAACCUCGCCGCGCGACACGAAUCGACGCUCGCAGACGUGGAGCGCCUCCGCGUGAAAGUCUCGGGAGCCGAGCGGGCGGCGGCGGAGGCUGAGACGGCUCGCGUCGCCGCCGAGGAAACCGCCGCGGAGCUGGAAAACGCGGUCGAAAACCUCGCCGGCGUUCAUCAAUCGCUGACGGGGACGUUGGCGGUGGAAGCCGAGAAGCUCGCAGGGGCGCUCGCGCGAUGCGACGCGUUGGAGGCGGAGGUGGUAGAGGCGAGGGCCGGCGAGGCGCGGGCGCACGAGACGCUGAGACGCGUCCGCGAGGAUCUCGACGCCGAGAAGAUUGCAACCGCGGGUCUCGAACAGCAACUGUCGGAGAGCCGAUCGAACGAGCGACGACUCGACGAACGAUGCCAACGCCUCGGCACACUCGCGAACAACCUCGGGAACGAGUGCGCGAGGCUCACGACGGACGGUGAAACGCUCGAGACGGAGACGAAUCGCCUCCGUUCGGAGCUCGCGACGGUUCGCGACGCGUCGACAGCGGAGGCGAGCCGCGGGAAGCUGAGGGAGAGGUACGCGGAGGAUUUGCGUCGAAAGUUAACUGCGGCCGAGGCGGCGCUGGAGACGUUACGAGCCGGCGUGGGGGCCAGGCUGGUGCCCAUGGGAUAG